AUGCCUCCUCCCAUGGCUCCUCCGCCUCCUCCCUGGGCUCCUCCGCCUCCUCCGUGGGCUACUCCGCCUCCUCCCUGUGCGUUUGUUCCUCCUCCCUGGGCUGCUCCGCCACCUCCCUGGGCGCCUCCGCCUCCUCUCUGGGCUCCUCCUUCUCCUCCCUGGGCGUUUGUGCCUCCUCCUUGGGCUCCUCCGCUUCCUCCCUGGGCUCCUCCACCUCCUCCCUGUGCUCCUCCGCCUCCUCUCUGGGCGUUUGUGCCUCCUCCCUGGGCUCCUCCGCCUCCUCCCUGAGCGUUUGUGCCUCCUCCCUGGCCUCCCCCGCCUCCUCCCUGGGCGUUUGUGCCUCCUCCCAUGGCUCCUCCGCCUCCUCCCUGGGCUCCUCCGCCUCCUCCGUGGGUUACUCCGCCUCCUCCCUGUGCGUUUGUUCCUCCUCCCUGGGCUGCUCCGCCUCCUCCCUGGGCUCCUCCGCCUCCUCUCUGGGCUCCUCCUUCUCCCUGGGCGUUUGUGCCUCCUCCUUGGGCUCCUCUGCUUCCUCCCUGGGCUCCUCCACCUCCUCCCUGUGCUCCUCCGCCUCCUCUCUGGGCAUUUGUGCCUCCUCCCUGGGCUCCUCCGCCUCCUCCCUGAGCGUUUGUGCCUCCUCCCUGGCCUCCCCCGCCUCCUCCCUGGGCGUUUGUGCCUCCUCCCUGGGCGCCUCCGCCUCCUCCCUGGGCUCCUCCUCGGCCUCCGUGGGCUCCUCCACCUCCUCCGUGGGCUCCUCCACCUCCUCCCUUGGCACCUCCACCUCCUCCCCCUCCGCCUCCUCCCUGUGUUCCUCCGCCGCUUCCCUGGGCUCCUCCACCUCCUCCCUGGGCUCCUCCGCCUUCUCCCUGGGCGUUUGUGCCUCCUCCCUGGGCUCCUCCACCUCCUCCCUGGGCUCCUCCACCUCCUCCCUGGGCUCCUCCGCCUUCUCCCUGGGCGUUUGUGCCUCCUCCCUGGGCUCCUCCACCUCCUCCCUGGGCUCCUCCACCUCCUCCCUGGGCUCCUCCACCUCCUCCCUGGGCUCCUCCGCCUUCUCCCUGGGCGUUUGUGCCUCCUCCCUGUGCUCCUCCGCCGCUUCCCUGGGCUCCUCCACCUCCUCCCUGGGCUCCUCCACCUCCUCCCUGGGCUCCUCCACCUCCUCCCUGGGCUCCUCCGCCUUCUCCCUGGGCGUUUGUGCCUCCUCCCUGGGCUCCUCCACCUCCUCCCUGGGCUCCUCCGCCUUCUCCCUGGGCGUUUGUGCCUCCUCCCUGUGCUCCUCCGCCGCUUCCCUGGGCUCCUCCACCUCCUCCCUGGGCUCCUCCACCUCCUCCCUGGGCUCCUCCACCUCCUCCCUGGGCUCCUCCGCCUUCUCCCUGGGCGUUUCGAGGGGCCGGGGGUCCCCGGAGCCCCCCGCGGGAGUUCCCGGGGCGGCUGGUCCUGCCCGGGACGGAGGGGCUCUGCUUCGGGCGGCGGGAGGGCCCGGGGAAGCCGCGGGCCGCCGGCGCCGCCUCCGAGGCGCGGCCCGGGCAGCGGGAGCCCCGCGGGGAGACAAAGCGCGGCCCGGGCGCCGCGAUGCGCGGCGGGCGCGGCGAGUGA